UGCCAUACCUCUACAAGCUUUUAAAUCCACGUUCUUCUUGCUUCUUCAUUUCAAUCUCUCUCUCUCUCUCUCUACUUCUCAAUUUCUCUCUCCUCUGUAUUUUUGUGUGAAUGAUUUGUGUUCAAACCGCGAGGUCAAGUGGAUCGAGUGACGAAAUAUCUAAACCCUAACUAUCUCUGUACUGGAAGUUGAAUGAGGAAUUGAAGAUUCAACAACUCCUCUGAUUAUAUAUUUGAAAUAGUUUUACCGAAUUUGAUGAAGAGAGACGGAGUGGAAAAGGAAGCGGCGGUUUCGGCUUUGCCAGUGGAUCCGAAACCUGAGCAGGCUGCAACCGCCGCACCGCCAGCGACGGAACUCGGCGAGAAGGAAGUUCAAGCUCAGUCGGCCGCUGCCGCUGCUGCUCCGUCUCACUCCGACGGCGCCACGGAGGAACUCAGCAGUGCAGAGACUGAACCGCCAAUCGUCGGCGAUUCCGACCGCCAGAAAUUUGGUACUUCGCCAGCCAGACAAGUUUCUGUUGCAAUGGGAGAGUUAAAUCGUGCAGAGUAUGUGUCGGUUGGCGAAUCGCCUUCUUCUCCGGUCAAUAAUGCAAAGAAAGUUUCAGUGUUACCACUUGUGUUUCUCAUCUUCUAUGAGGUCUCAGGGGGUCCGUUUGGAGUUGAGGACAGUGUUGGGGCAGCUGGCCCUCUGUUGGCUCUUCUUGGGUUCUUGGUGUUUCCACUAAUAUGGAGUAUUCCUGAAGCAUUGAUUACUGCUGAGAUGGGGACUAUGUUCCCUGAAAAUGGUGGUUAUGUUGUUUGGGUUACUUCUGCAUUGGGUCCGUUUUGGGGAUUCCAGCAGGGUUGGAUGAAAUGGCUUAGUGGAGUUAUUGAUAAUGCUCUAUAUCCUGUUUUGUUUCUCGAUUACUUGAAGUCAGAGAUCCCAGCUCUUGGUGGUGGUCUUCCAAGAGUCGCUGCGGUUUUGGCUUUGACAGUGGUCCUCACUUACAUGAACUAUAGAGGAUUGACGAUUGUUGGUUGGGUUGCUGUAAUCCUUGGAGUUUUUUCAAUCCUUCCUUUUGCAGUUAUGGGACUUGUAUCUAUUCCCAAGCUAAGACCAAGUAGAUGGCUUGUGGUGAACCUAAAGGAUGUUGACUGGAAUCUGUGCUUGAACACUCUUUUCUGGAAUUUGAAUUAUUGGGAUUCUAUUAGCACAUUGGCUGGAGAAGUGGAAAACCCAAACAAAACACUCCCCAAAGCACUGUUUUAUGCUUUGAUUUUGGUUGUUCUCGGGUACUUUUUUCCUCUUUUAAGUGGGACCGGAGCCAUUCCGCUUAAUCGUGACUUGUGGACAGAUGGCUACUUCUCUGAUGUUGCUAAAAUUAUUGGUGGGGCUUGGUUGAGUUGGUGGAUCACAGGUGCUGCUGCCAUGUCGAAUAUGGGAAUGUUCGUGGCUGAGAUGAGCAGUGAUUCUUUUCAACUUCUUGGUAUGGCAGAACGCGGUAUGCUGCCAGAGUUCUUUGGGAAACGGUCUCGUCAUGGGACACCAUUGAUUGGGAUACUAUUCUCAGCCUCAGGUGUUGUUUUGCUUUCAUGGUUGAGCUUCCAAGAAAUCAUAGCAGCAGAGAACUUCUUGUACUGCUUUGGAAUGAUUCUGGAAUUCUUAGCCUUUAUCAAGCUAAGGAUUAAACAUCCAGCUGCAUCUCGGCCUUACAAGAUUCCUGUGGGAACCAUUGGAUCAAUCCUGAUGUGUAUCCCUCCUACAAUAUUAAUAUGCGUAGUGUUGGCCUUUUCUACUGUAAAAGUGAUGAUUGUGAGUCUAGCUGCUGUGGCAGUUGGCUUGUUGUUGCACCCCGGUCUCGGGUAUGUUGAAAAGAAGAGAUGGCUCAAAUUCUCUGUGAGCGCUGACCUCCCUGAUCUCCAUUUUGCCAACCGAGACCGCCCCGACACCUUGGUAUAUUAACAGGAAUUCACUUAUCACUCAGUUUCAAAGACAGGAAGACUCGUUCUGAGAUGAUUGUAAUGUAUUGGAGUUCUAUAUCUAUACCAAUUGAUGCAAUGGCAGGCCAAAAAUCUUGUAAGUUCAUUCUGUUUUGAUCUGUGCUCAAGUUGUAGACUAAUCAUAGUUAUCACCCUAGUUUUAGAAUGGCGACGAAUAGGAAAACAAAAAAGAAGCAAAAUCUUAGUUGUUUAAGUAAGCGUCAAUAGUAGCACUGCUUGUUCAUGUUUUAAUCCCACGAUUCCACUGUCCUCAAAAUAUUCAAUUAAGAUGCCUUCAGCUCACACAUCUCUUCCUCUCACGAGAAGAGUAGGACAGUGCUAUCUGUUUGAAAUAAAUUAGCAGAAGAUUGAAUAUAUUCAUUCUUAAAACAUUGC